AUGACAUGGGUAGGAACUACUAUUGUGUUUUCAAAGAAGCUACCUGAAGGUUUGAGCUUUGGAAUUGACUUUUUCUUCUUUGACUCCUCCCAUGAAGUUAGCUUUCGUGGCAUCAAGCAGGUCACCAAUGGCGUCCAUCUUGUCCACCUUACCAAUCAGCUGAGUAACACGAGGACGGCCAAGUUUGUCAAAUGCCAAGAUCGGGAGGUAAUUUCCAUAGAUGUGGUCGAUGGCGAGCUAACUAUUGAAAGUGUGAGUGUAGAAAAUCAACUAGUAUUUGGCAAAGGACAGAUAUUUCAAUUUGAGGCCCUGCUACCAUACAUGGUUAAUUAUUCUAACUUUGAAAUCAACAAGUGGCCACAAUUUGGGCUUCACCUCGAGUACAGUCAGAUUGUGGGUGUCGAGAGUGACUGGACGAGCGAUCUCGUUACAACGUCUGACUCUUCGACGGCGGAAUUGCUCGAAUUGCGGAAAAUCAUUGAGUUCGACAUGAACAAGCAGAAUGGCGAGCUCCGGCUGACACAGACAAACCCAAAGGUUGUGUUGAAACAAGUGAAGCUGGAUUUGUCAAAAUACUGCAGAGACAAAUCUGAUUUUUUCAAUGCUCUUUUCACGACCCAUAAGUUCACCAACGAGCACAAUUUCUGUUUUGUGGGUUUGCUGGUGCUCAACAACUUCUGCUGUCUGGAGCAGUGGUACAGCCUCACCAAUCUUGCUCUUGAAUGUGUUGAUUUGGUAGCCGAACAAACAGCUUUCUUUGAGCGCUUCAUUGAAAGUUUGCAGAGCCAGCUCGAGCUGAUUGCGUCACAUACCGAGGAGCUUGUCAAACUGUCACGGCUCAAGGCCAGUCUCAAGGUAUUUCUCACUAACAUGGAGACGUUCCCGUAUUCGGUGCAGUUUAGGUAUGCAUCGUUGCUUCGUUUUAUUGAAACUCAGUUUCAUCUUCCAGUUACAUACCAGCUGGACGAGAAGAGUGAAAGCGAAGAAGAGAGUUUGGAGGAAUAACUGUACAAUAUAUUACAACUGAAUUAUACGCAUUGGUUUCGUCAUAGUCUGGACUUCCAAACAGCCGCAUCCACUAAUUGUAGGAUAGCAUAGAAACCGUCCUUCAUGAUAAAAAGCCGGCAAUCCAUUCGCCUCCAGCUUGAGUGUAUAGGAGCCUGGCUUGCCUCUCGCUCGAAACCAUAUCCUGUUGUCGAACAAUUCCCAUUCGGACCAAGACCUGGUGACAUUGACGACACGUUCUAUCGGCUGCUUGAAUUUUUCGGUCGCCCUGGUAAUCAGAAGAUGGAUAUUAUUUUCAGAGCGCACCACUCUCACUAGACACUUAAGGAGGUUGAAUUUUUCUGGCACUGUCCCAUCCAGGAUCGACUCCGAGAGCGACCAGUCGUUCGUGUUGAGCGUAGCAUUUUUCGAAUCUAAGGUCGUAUACCGAUGGUGAUAAUUUGAAAUGGCUGACACACAGUAGAGCUUUUCGAAUAGAAACUUGUCAAGAGAUAAAAGCGGAUAGCGUUCGAAAACCGCUGAUGGUAUGACAAUCGACAUCUUUAGAAAGCGUGAAUUGAACCUCACCGAAACCUCAUUAUCUAGUUGUCGCAAGUCGUUCUCAACGUCGUCCACGGCACCACGUACGCCCAACAUCAACUGCUCGACAGAAUUCUGCUCUAUCUGUCCGCUUUGCAAGUAUGUACGGACUCUAUUUCGCAGUGUGAUGGGCUGGUAAUUGGUAGAAUCCUCAAACCACUCGAGAUUGUGCUCCCGUGCAUAUUCGUAGAGUUCAUUUUUGCGGAUAUCCAGCAGGGGCCGUAAUAUACGCUUGCUGCCAAAUGGAUCGAGAACGGGAUAAAAGGACUCGUUGCGCAUCCCACAGAGACCAAAAAGCGUCGAACUAGCGGCCAGACGAAUCAAAAACGUCUCUAACUGGUCGUUGAAAUGGUGUGCUACCAUCAAAUUAUCUAUCUGGAGCAGUUCCAUUUUAUCAUACAUCAAUUUGUAUCUCCAUAUCCUUGCACUUUUUUCCAGCUGGCUGGGAUCAAUCUUUUCAGGAACGCGAACAACUUCGUGAUCUAAACCCAAUCUUUUCACAAUUUCAUGGACUUUUUGGGCCUCCUGUGCGCUCUCGGAUCGUAAUCCGUGAUCCACGGUCAUGGCAUGAAUGCGGCACGGACUACUUGUUUUCUCAGCCCAUUUGCGAGUCAGGUCCAGCAACACCAUCGAAUCAACACCUCCCGAAACCGCCACAAGGACUCUAUCAGGCAGAACACCUGG